AUGCUCCAUUUCCUGCUUGGAUUUACUUUUGGCAACAUCACUGGAAUGUAUCUGGCUCAGAACUAUGACAUACCAAACUUAGUCUAAAAGCCUGAAGAUAUUAAGAAGGCCUGGGAUGCCAGAAAGCCACUUAGCUCAUGA